AAACGAACCCAGUCGAUUCGAACUUGACGAAUAAUUGCGAACGGUGCCCUCGUGUUUUCCAAAUCAGCUGUUAGUCAGGCGGUCGUCGUGGGUGGGUCGUAUCCAGAGUAUGGGCGACUGUGGCAGGUGCGGCGUAGAGCGGGGGCGUCCCUCCUGUCGCCUCUCCUCUCCCCCUUCUAUUCGACCCUCUCCCCCACCAGUCGCGGGGGUGUCUACGGUCAGUUGCCAGCGGGACUCCGCGACACGCGUCACGCGGUGGAUAGACUUCGCUGUUAGCGGUACGACGAAGCGAAUGUCGUCGUCGUCGUCGUCGUCGUUGUUGCUUUUUGCGUAUCAUUCCUACCUAUCCACAUGAACGCUCGUUUCAUAUUGUAUACGUGUGAAAAGACAAAAAAAAGAACAAGAAAAAUAUAAAAUAAACCGGCCACACCGCGUUUACACAAAGAAGAACAGUAUUGUGCAGCGUAAAAUAAUUUAUCCUUGUUUUUCACUAUCGCUACUGUUGUUGUUAUUGUUGUGCCUGAUAAAUAACAGUCAAGGUUUACCUUUUUUCUUUACUUCAAAUUUUAAUACGAUAUUCAGAUAAGAUAUAAAACUAUUAAUUACCGCCGUUCAAUAUUCGAACUGUGAUUUACCGAACGAUCUAGAAAUUAAUUUAUUUCAUUUUUAAUUCUUUAUCGCCUCCAGACGAUACGUUUCGAGAAAAACCUUCGGUGUGUGCUGUUCUUUUUUUUUCAAUACACUUAGCUAACCAUCACGUACUAUUAAGAGUGAGUAACACGGAGCCUGUUGGUUACUUAUAGAGUAGUUUGGCAGUGAAAGUGGGACAGCCCCGUCGAUAUUAGUCGAGAGAAGAUUGUUAGUUCUGCAGUCUUUUUUGCUCGAUAAUUUCAUAAAAAUUUCACGCGUUAUCACGUCGUGUUACGGUGCGUAUAACGCGUACACCCCCGUAAAGAGAGUUGUCAAGAGAGAAAGAGAGAGAGAGAAGAAAAUAGGUGCGUAGUCAACAACUGGAGCUCUAAACUCUACGAGCAGAUUGUGACACGCGCCGUACACCUCCGUACGGGGGUCAAUUUUCUCAAGUCUAGACGAAAGAUCGCCAGGAUUACAAGAAGCAGGAGGUACAAGCUACCGACGUCCUUCAAUCGACUGUGUCUACACUCGUUUUAUUGUGUUACGAAAAAUAGGAGGCGAAGUGGGGGAUGUCGACGUCGGAGUAGUAGAGGAAACUAAAGACUGGGAUGAGAGAUACGACCCUGAUAAUUCGGUGCUCGCGAAGGUCCCGAUGGCAACGUUACACCAUUACCGCAAGUCACCGUUGAAUCGGAGAUUAUACGUAUAACGAAGUGCGACUUUUGCCGAGAAUCUGCAUCGCACGAAAAAAACUAAAGACUCUCGAUCGUGAAUGAGGAUGAUAUAAAAAAAUAAUAACAAUAAACCUCUAGAAGAAUAAUAACGGUGAGAAGAGGAAUUUAUAAUCGUCGAGUGCCAAUCAGCCGAAUACAUAUCAAAUCGACUCUGACCGUAUCUGCCCGCCCCGAGAGAGAGAGAGACAGAGAGAGAGCGAGAGAGAGAAGGAGAGAGACGAAAAUACGGAGAGAAAUAGAGUGAGCGAGUGAGUGGCGAGAAGAGUGCGGUUCGGUUGAGAGUAAAGUUUGCGGUUUAAAAAUAAAAUACAUUGUGCGACGAUCGGAGGAGGAACACAACGAGAGUGUUGGGUGGGAGGGACCAACUUGAAGUUGAAAGUGCACGAAAUUAAACGUCGGACAGUGAAAUAGAUAAGUUAUUUUUUACUUUCCAACGAGCUAGUCAAAGCCGAGAGAACGAGAUACGCGGAUGAAGGAGAGAACAAAAAAAAACAACAACCCAGCUUCUAUCGAUCGAUCGUUCUUAUUGGCGACUUGUUAUACGUUCGUAACGCAUAUUUACAUUUAUUAUAUACAACUUCAAGGAUCUUUUUAACAAAUAAUCUGGGACAUCUGCACUGCAACGACAAUACAAUUUUGCCAUAUGCAGAACCAGCGGAGGCGGCUAUACAACGUGGAGGAAUACGAAUAAACUCUGACGUUCGGCGAUAACGUUGCACGCCGUCCACAAAGUCCACGUUCGAUGCACGCCGCAGUUGUCAGACGCACGCGGUUCUCGUCAGCUGACCAUGGCCGAGUGCUCGGUCGCCCCUCGCUCUCGUAAAAUAAAAAUAAAAUAAAAAUAAAAAUAAAAAUAAAACAGCCGCUGUUUUACCGUUUUAACGGAGGAUCCAGACAGUUGAGAACCUCGCCUUUGUUCUCAUUGUCGAAAGUGACUUAUGGAAUAAAACGCGACGAAAGAAGAAACGAAUUGUAUCAAUUUCGCGCGACUGCUGAAAUAAUUUAAAAAAAAAGUCGAAGAAACAUACCGCCGACACACACAUAAUUGUAAUAAUGAAGAACCCGGAACACGAAAGCGGAUAUUUCGAGGACGGUAGCGACGUCGAGAUGAUCGGUGAAUCUGAUCACUCGACUGUCGGUGGUAGGGGGAUUAAAUGGACCUCGGUAUCAGGUGGUUCAGGAGCAUCGGCUGGUUCCUGUGGUUUGGCAAAGGCUAUCAAUGAGCUGGACGUCAGCGAUUCGCCGGCCUCUCCGCACCCCGUGAACGGAGACUGCGAUCAAAAACCAAGAGUUAACCUGGCCGACAAUGGAGGUCAAAGGGUCGACAUGUCCCACUUUGACCUUCUCAAAGUGCUUGGAACCGGAGCGUAUGGGAAGGUCUUUCUCGUUAGGAAAAGGACGGGUGCAGAUGCGGGGCGACUGUACGCGAUGAAGGUUUUGAAAAAGGCCUCGAUUGUUCAAAAGAAAAAAACUACGGAGCAUACUAAAACUGAAAGACAAGUUUUGGAAGCUGUGCGGGACAGUCCGUUCUUGGUCACUCUGCACUACGCUUUUCAAACGGAUGCGAAACUUCAUUUGAUAUUAGAUUAUGUUAGCGGCGGUGAAUUAUUUACACAUUUAUAUCAACGCGAACAUUUUACCGAGGAUGAAGUGAGAGUUUACAUAGGAGAGAUUAUCCUCGCUCUUGAACAUCUCCACAAGUUGGGCAUUAUUUACAGAGACAUUAAGCUCGAGAAUAUAUUACUGGAUCGCGAGGGUCACAUUGUUCUCACAGAUUUUGGCCUUAGUAAAGAGUUUCUACCGCAUGAAAGAGAACACAACGCUCGUGCCUAUUCUUUUUGUGGAACGAUAGAGUAUAUGGCGCCUGAAGUCGUCAGAGGAGGAUCUGCUGGGCAUGAUAUAGCCGUCGACUGGUGGAGCGUGGGGGUUUUGACCUAUGAACUCCUCACGGGCGCUUCACCCUUUACGGUUGAGGGAGAAAGAAACACGCAACAAGAAAUAUCUAGGAGAAUUUUAAAAACUGAACCACCUAUACCUGGUCAUCUUAGCACCUCGGUACGCAGUUUUAUAUCGAGUCUUUUGGUGAAAGAUCCUCGUCAGAGACUAGGCGGAGGACCCAGGGACGCAAAAGAACUGAAAGAGCACGCCUUUUUUAAAAAUUCUUCGCCCCCGUUCAGCUGGGAAGCUUUGGAGAGUAGAAAAAUCACACCACCCUUUGUUCCAAGAAUCGCUCACGAACUGGACACCAGCAACUUCUCGGAGGAAUUCACGAAAAUGGUCGCUGCCGAUAGCCCCGCUGUCGUACCCCCGAAUUAUGAUAAGAUAUUCAGGGGUUAUUCUUACGUCGCACCGUCGAUAUUAUUCGCGGAGAACGUGGUUAGCGAGGAUAUAUUUAAGCACGUAGAGCGAGGGGCGAACGACGGGCAACACCAAAGACCAUCAGCCUCAGACGUCUUGGCUGCGCGAUUUGAGGAAUCAACAUUUUUUAAAACGUACGAACUUGACCCCAGAGAGGACGCCCUAGGGGAUGGUAGUUUUUCGGUAUGUCGUCGUUGUCGGCAUCGUCGGUCCCAGCAGGAAUUCGCGGUCAAAAUAGUCAGCAGAAGAGUUGACUGCGGAAGGGAAGCUAAUCUCCUAAAGACCUGUCAGGGUCAUCCUAAUAUAGUGAAACUAAUCGAAGUCCAUCAAGACAGAGCUCAUACUUACCUCGUCAUGGAGCUUUUGAAAGGUGGUGAAUUGAUGCGGAAGUCGAAACCUUUCUCAGAGAUCCAAGCAAGUCGCAUAAUGCGCCAGCUGGCCUCUGCUGUUCGUUUCAUGCACUCGAGAGGUGUAGUUCAUCGGGACCUUAAACCUGAGAAUAUAGUGUUCGCGCAAACUGGCGAUGAUUCGUCGAUAAAAGUAGUUGAUUUUGGAUUUGCCAGGAUAAGACGUGGCCGCGAACCUCUCCAUACUCCCUGCUUCACGCUUCCUUAUGCAGCACCUGAAGUACUGGCGAGACAGGGCUACGACGAAAGUUGUGACUUGUGGAGCUUGGGUGCGAUACUUUACUCCAUGCUCUCAGGACGGCCGCCAUUUAGGGCAGGCUCCCCUGACUUUGCAUCCCGUGUAAAAGCUGGUGAUAUAGACUUUGAGGGAGAAGCAUGGCGAGGUGUAUCAGCUACGGCAAAAGAAGUUGCUAGGGGACUUUUGACCGCUGAUCCUAAUCGCAGAUUAACAGCAUCUGAACUAGCGAACCACGAGUGGAUCGUGGGCUCAACUGCACCACCUAUAACUCCUGUCGCCGAAUCUUCAUCUUCGACAUUGACAUUAGCGCCUUCGACCAGCGAGAAAAGUGAAAGUUUUAGGCUGAGAGAAGUAGACGGUGCCAAGCUCGCACAACGACGUAAACUCCACAAACGGUCCACCUCCAGCUCUGUGUCUUCCUCUGCAUCGACUGCUUCUUCGAGUCCUUCUACUCAACUCCUCAGGCCUCCCAGUACUACAACGACGGUAGCUUCCACCUCGCCAGCGCAACCAAGUGCUUUUGACUUUGGCGAGGAGAGAGUGAAUGAGUAUCUCAGUUCCCUUUCUUCAUCUUCUGACUCAAACUCACCAAGGAUUGCCAGAAAGUCUGAAAAAAUUGAACAAUCUGGUGGGCCUAGACCCAAAAGACGUAAACGAGAGCCUGAGGAUGAGACGAUCCAAAUAGAUGGGAGUGGGAAUAGCAACGGUCCAGUUACAAGGGCAAGAAAACGAAAGCUUGAACAAAAUACCAGCAGUUCCGACAGCUCCGUUGAGUCCUCUGAGACGACGUCUCGUCCGGGCAAAAGAGAUCCGAUCGUACACAGGAAACAGAGAACUGGGAAGCGACCUAAGAGAUUGGCUACCAUUAUAGUAGAAUAAAAUUUCAAUCAAUAGAGUUAUGAUUUUAAUAACGUAGCUGGCGACUACUUUUGUUGUUUCCUAUGCAUUUUCCGUGACGUAACGCUGCUGCCUUUGGGAGUUGACCGUGCAUGACGCGGAUGUCGCACCAUUCCUAUCUCAGUACUUUUAGAAUCUUUGUAAAUAAAUAGGUACAUUUGCGUAUCUACCGAUUACUAAGCGGUGUCUUUUAUCGGUUCGAAGUGAACCUGUUAUUCUUUUUGUUUAAGAUUUGAUAGGGGUAAAUGAUGAUCCUCACAAGAUUAGUUAUACAUGUAACAUCGAUAGCAAUCUUUGUAAUAAUUGUCGAAAACGAAAGGGUUGAGGAUGUACCACGUGCUCGUACAAGGUGCGGUCGUCGAUAUCCUGACAGAAAAGAGAAAGUGUGGGAGAGAGAAAACUUGUUAAACUCAUGUAGAGUUAUUUUCAGUGUUGCACGUUUAAAUUUAUAGAGCAUGAUUAAAUCAGUUUAUUAUUUUUGCGAUAUGAUAUAUUUUGGAUUUUUUUUCUAAUCGUCCACACGUUGGUUGGAUCGAAGUCGUUGGUAUUAAUUGUUAAUUUAUACAUACUAUGACUGUGCCUCGGGUGUACCCAAUUUUAGGAGUAUACGGAAAAAAAGGACUGGCGCCGUGAUAUAGCUAAUGACAAUUUGAAAAACGUCGCUUUAUUAUAUUGUAGAAUUGUAUAUCUAAUUAUAUAACCCCUCGAACUCUGUGCUUGAUAUUAUUGAACAAUCCGCAGGGUGUAAUAAUUAUUUCCACUGCGACCUUCAGACGUAUUAAUCUGAACUCUCGAAAACUAAACUAAAUACUAAACUGAUCGCUAGGAUAUAUACGUGUAUUCAAUUAGGCGUAUUGCCUUUAAAAAUGAUAAGCCUGUUUUACCACUUACAUACAUCUACUUAUGUAUGGAUUUACAUAUGUAUACUUACUUCCGUAUUAUUUUCUAGGGUAAACCGUACAGUACGUUAUGAUCAAUAAUCGUAUCGACGAACUACCGUAGGUAUUGAAUUAAAAGUUAUGGGGAAAGACUGAAGAGGUUGUAUGUACCAACUCAGGGAACAGGCAUGCUUACAAUAAAACGUCUUUAGUUAUCGGUAUACGAGAUAAUUCAAGUUUUACACGGCUGUACCGCACACCUCUGCCAAAGUCGACUGAAGCAACGUUACACUGUAAGACCAAAUAAAUAGAAAAAGAAAAUCAAAAAAAAAAAAAAAAAAAAAGAUUAUAAAUAAUGAAAUUGAUAAAAAAUGACGAUAAUAACAAUAAUAUUAAUAUUAUUGGGAAUAAUAUUAAUGUAAUAACAAUGAUGAUCACUCGUAAGAAAAGAACAAUAACGUUAAAAUGAAUAAAUCUAAAAAUCGAAUCGUAUACAUAUGGUAUAGCUAGUUGCACUGAUUACGAGUCAGAGCUCUGUGCGCUAAUUAAUAAUAUGAAUUGUACAUUAAAGCGUAAUAGAUAUUACAUACUACUAUAGAUAUUUAAAUGAAAAUAAAUAUGCAAAAAAUAUAUACAUAUAUUUAAUAUAACAAUACAUAUGAAAUGAUAUUCUUUAAUAAGAUGAAUGGUAUAUAUAUAUUAUAUCGUAAUAUAUUAUAUAUAUAUAUAUACACGUAUAUAUGUAUAUAAACAUAUAUAUAAUAUAUAUUUUUAUUUAGGAGCAUAAAGUCAUUAAAGAUUAUGAAUUAUAUUAAUUAAUGCUACGCAAUAACGUAAAAUUUAUUUCUGUUUCUUCCUCUUCCUCUUCGUGAUAUACUAUAUUGAAAUUGUUAGUUACGUUUAAAUCGACAAUUAUUUUUUCCGAGUGUAUAUAAUGUAUGGAAUAUAUAUAAAUAUAUACACAAAAAAUAAUCAGCUUCUAUGAAAUAGGAAGAAUGCUGUUUUGUUGCUAUGGGUGCAUAAAAAGAUGCCUACCUUUGUUACUACUGGUUGUUUAAAUAUAUCAUAUGAUGUUUAUUUA